UACACGAGCCCUGCAGGCAGCGUAGCUGUUCCCUCCGUCGGCCGUACAAGUACCAAAGUGGAAAAACUGUAAAAAAAACGCAUCUGGAACUGCUGGCACCCGCGGCCAUGAGUUCAGACUGGGAUGAGAUCAAGCGCCUGGCAGCUGACCUUCAGCGGGCUCAGCUUUUAUCAACGUCACAGCGACUCUCGGAGCGGAACUGCAUCGAGAUUGUGACGAAGCUGAUCGAGCUGAAGCUGCUGGAUGUGGUGCACACCAACACCGGAAAGGAGUAUAUCACUCCCGAGCAGAUCGGGCGCGAGAUCAGGGAUGAACUGAUUGUCAACGGAGGGCGUAUCGGGCUGCCCGAGCUUGCGCAGCAACUGAACAUCGACUUCACCCAUGUCGAGGCCCGCGCACAGAAACUGGCCCAGGACGAGAAGAAUAUCUUCCUGAUCAAUGGCUACCUGAUCAGCAGUGUCUAUAUAGAUGGCGUCGCGGAGGAGGUGAAUGAGAAGCUUCAGCAAGUCGGCGAAAUUUCCAUCGGAGCUCUGACAACCCAGUACGACCUACCAGCGGAAUUUUUGGAAAAGGAGCUGCGCCCCCGCACCGGGUCGCUGAUCCAGGGCCAACAGGAUCCGGACGACCCGCGCACGUUCUUUACCGAAGCGUUCGUAUCACAGAACGCGGCGCGCGUCCGCGGCGUGCUGUCGGCGCUGACGCGGCCGUCCACCGUCCUCCAGCUGCUGCAGCGACACGGCAUCCGCGAGCAGCUCUUCUUCAGCGUGGCGGCCGACCUGCUGUCAUUGGGGCGGGUCAAAGGGUCGCUGACGGGCGGACGGCAGGCGGUGCGCGCCGUCUUCAUCCCCGAGUGCUACACGGCUGCGCAGAACGCGUUCGUCGACCAUCAGUACCGGCAGAAUGGCUGCGUCGAGUACCAGGCGCUGAGACGAGUCGGCAUAACGGAUCCGGAGGGGUUCAUCAAGCGGCGCUUCAAGGACGAGAAGCUGCGCUACCUCUCCGGCUGUGCUGUGGGUGACACACUGGUGGAACAUGUCAAGGUGUCGGUAGAGGAGGCGACGCUGGCCGGCAGUUUCGUGGACGUGCUGCCGCUGCUCCCGUCCAGCUUCUCACCGGAGGACACCGGCCAGCUGCUGGACGACUGCCGCGGCGCCGUGUUCGCCCACUCGGUGGUCGUCAGUGAACGCAUGCUGGACCAGCUGCGUGAACCGCUCGAGGCGACCAUGGCCGACCGAGCCAAGAAGGACAUCGAGGCGCACCGCUACCCGCCGAAGCAGACCACCACCUCCGGCCGACUGAAGGACGCCGUGGACGGCAAGCGCGACAAGAAGGACGACCGGCGCAAGAAGGCCGCCGGCGGCAAGGCGGGCGGCGGCACUCAGGGCCGAGAGACCAAAACCAAGUCGACCAAGAAGAAGUACAUGCGCAAAGGCCAGGACUCGGACUCGGAAGCCGAGGUGCCGCGCGGCAGGGGCGCAAGCAGCCGAGGGCGACGAGGUGCCGUUCAUGUCGGAGUCGCAGCUGGAGGAGACGCUGGCCGCCCACCCGGCCCUGGAGGACGCGCCCGAGGAGCUGGCCGCCGAGAUCGCCUGCUAUCUGCACAGAGAAGUGACUACACUGCCAGGCCGCUGGCGAAGAGGUACCAGGAGGUGCUUCUGGUGACGCACCAGGCCGUGCUAACCAGCGCCGGCCAGGCGCGCCGCCGCAACUUCGGCGACUUCCAGGAGAAGAUCGCCUCCCUGGCGCUCAACAUCCGGCUGUUCGAGAAAGGCGCCGCCGAGUUCCAUCCAGACAUGCGUUCCCAGUUGGAGAAGCACAUGCUGCGCACGGUUUGCACCGAGCUGGCCAAUGAGCUGUUCGGAUACGCGGCCACCGACAACAACGUGCAGUACGACGAGAACAAGGAGCUGUCGGGCGAGGACCGCGUCAAGAUCGUGAACAAGCUUUCGCAGGACAUGGCGCCGGACCUGCUGCGGCUGCACAAGGCGCUGGCGGCGGCUGAGGUAGCCGUCUUCGACGCGGCGCUCGAUCCGGCCAUGGCCAUCUGCGGCGUCGUCACCAAGAAGGCCGACCGAAAGAAGGACAGGCAGCAGCAGCGGGCCCACCUGCAGUGUCUGCUGGAGCAGCUGAACGGCUCCACCGACCCGGCGCUGACGCUGCACCUGGCCGCCCUGCUGCUGUACCAGACAUUUAGCGGUCAUAUGCUGCACGCCUCGGGCAAGUUUGUGCCAGCCAUUGUAACCCGGCUGGCUGACCUGGUACCCCCGGAGGUGAUCUCCGUCCUGCAGCAAUGCCAGGGCUUGGUGAUAAAGCAGCUGAAACUGCGUGCUGAUGACCCCGAAAUGACAGACGUCAAACGCCAGCUGGACGAGGUCAUUCCCAAGGUCAAGGAGUUAGCAGCCACCACUCGCAAGACAUCCAGCACUUCUGCUGACUAAACUGUUCGCGUUCGGCUCUACGAAGUCUAUUUUAUGAUAUGAUAUACAUUCUGAGAACGGCCAUGUUGACGUUUUGUGCGGUGGCUGUUGGUUUUGGGAGAUAUUCUAUGCUUGCAGAAUAUACGGUGU